UCAUUCACAAGUCUAGUAUCGUCGGAAAACGAAAGCAAAACCGGGCCAACAAGCAGUCAAUAUUUUUGAUAUUCGUAUUUAUUUUUAGAAAUAGUUUAAUUCCAAAUUAAUGAAAAGAUGCAACCAUCACGGGAAGAGUGCGCCGUUUGCCUGGACAGGAUGCGCAAUCAGGUGCAUACACCAUGCAAGCAUUCGUUCUGCCGUCGCUGCCUGCGCCGUGUCUACUACGAGAGCCCCUCCAAAACUUGUCCCCUGUGCCGUGCUCCCAUUGAUUACUAUUUGCGCAAGUACCGCACAAGUAUUAAAGUUUUUUUCUUUUCCUAAAAUGCAAUUGGAAAAGAGCAAGCGCGACCCUCUCUCUCCAUCAUAAUGUUUCUCGAUAAAAUUGUUUAAAUCAUAUUUUUUGUUUGAGUUUUUAGAGUUUUUCUUGGUUUAUAAUAUGUUAUUUAAAUUCAGUUUUCUUUUGUUUAAAAUAAACCAUUUUUGGUGAUACGUUAUGGUCUGAAAGACCUGCUAAAUAAA